ACGAGUCAGUCGGAGCCUUCGCAACGGACAGACGGCCAGAACCUCCUGAUUAUUGUCAAAUCUUCAGGAAUCGUUUUGACCCAAGCAGCUUGCAGCAAUGAGACAAGAACAAAGCAGCAGCGAUGAGGAGGAUGUGGCUCAGAUUCAGGGGAUGUGCCUCAUUUUCCUGAGGGAAUGUCCCAGCGGCGCCCUGCAUCUACACGAGUUCAAGAAGAUCUUCGGCGUCCAGAGCAGAUCGCCGGAGGACUCCCUCUUCCUCGAGACGAUCUUCCGCUCCUUCGACACAAACCAGGACAACACGCUGGACUUCAUAGAGUACGUCGCCGCCCUAAACUUGAUCUUAAGAGGAAAUCUGGAAGAUCAUCUCAAAUGGUCCUUCAAGAUGUACGACCGGGAUGGGAACGGAAAGCUGGACCGGAACGAGGUGAAGCUCCUCAUAAGGAUUCUUCAUAAAAUCAAACUUCAGAAGAGCGAGGUCGGACUGACUCCGUCCCAGAUCUGUGAUCGGAUCUUUGAUCUCGUUGACAACAACAAUGACGGUGAGAUAACCCUGACUGAGUUCAUGGAAGGGGCCAAAAAGGACCAGUGGCUCAUGGACCUCCUCAAUCUGGACGUCAACACCUCUGGCUGGGUGACCCAAAACUGCAGAAAGCUCCCAUGAUGCCUUGCAGUGAGAGCAGCGUCUUCAUGAACUCUACUGUUCUGAACCCCUUUCAGUUUGGAGCUGGACCUCUUACUGUGGCAGAAGUUCUGCUGGGCCGGUCCGAUAGACGGCGAGUGAUUUCUGUCAUCAGAUACAGACAAAUUAACUGCUAAAUAUCCACAUUUAUCAGGUUUCAUUCUCAGUAGAUUUGCUCUGUUUGGAUAUUUGCUGUUAUUUUUAGAUCUUCAUAAUGAUUCACUGAAGUCAUGAAUAUUUUGGAGAGUCAUUUUAACACUUUUUAAAUUCCUCUGUGGUUAAAACUGAAACCUUUUCAACAUGUUGCAUCCUAGAAGCUGCGAAUGUGCAGGAACUAUUCGAUCCUGAUGUGAAGGAGGACGGUGCAGUAAAAACCCAAAACCCCGACAAGUAAACAGAACAGAAACCUUCUUCAUUUUAAUUCUGACAUCUGAUAGACGCUGCUCUUCACUCGUUUCUCUUUCUUUACUCAUUAAGACCAGAUGAACAAACUUAGCUGACUGAAAAAACUGAUUUAUUGUACAAAUUUGCAUGUUUACACAGACAUUUGCAAAGCUUUGGAUCCAUUAUUAUUAUAACACGAUAAUCAUGGGUGAAGAUUUGAUUUCAAAGUAGAAUAAAGUAAUUUCAACACAA